AUGGAUAUAGAUAAUAAUUAUAAUAUUAUUAAUAACGAUUACAAUAAUAAUCAAAAUAAAAUUCUUUUUUUAAAAAUUUAUAAUAGUAUAGUAUUAAGAAAUGAAAUUUCUAGACACAUCAAACUAUUUAAUUUAUAUCAUAAAGCCAAAUUUACAAUAAAAAAGAGUUUGCUAGAAUAUACAUAUAGAGAGUACAUCAAAGAAUUAGAGAUAGAUUUUAAUGAAGAGUUAAAUAAUUAUAACGAUAUUCCAUCAUCAGUUACCCAUCUUUCAUUCUUAAAUUCAUUCAAUAUGCCAAUAAACCAUCGAACAAUACCGCCUGAUGUUACCAGUCUAGUAUUUGGAGAUAGCUUCACUGGAUCAUUGCAACAUUUACCACCCUCAAUUAGGGUAUUGAAAUUAGGAUCAAGGUUUUCACAAUUAAUAGAGUCACUUCCUAUUUCAUUAACAGAACUAACCCUAGGAAAAUCAUUUUCUCAAGAGUUUAAACCUGGUCUAAUUCCUUCAAAUGUGGUCACAUUAAUCCUUGGGGAGCAAUUUAACCAUCAAAUAUUACCACAAGCGCUACCCAACUCUAUAACAUCAUUAACUUUUGAUAAAAUAUAUAAUAAGGAGUUUUUAAUGGGAUCUAUACCUAACUCUGUCACUACACUUUCAUUCAUUAAUCAAUCUCAAUUCAACAAAGAAAUAAAAAGCGGUAUUCUCCCACAAUCUCUGACCAUGCUCUCUUUGGGUAGAUGUUUUAACCAGUAUAUAAUGCCAAAUGUUUUGCCGCAAAGUCUUACACAUCUUUCAUUUGGAGAUAAAUUCAACCAGCCCUUACUUCAUAAAGAUAUAUUGCCUCCAAAUUUAACCUAUCUCUCAUUUGGGGUAAAGUUUAACCAAGUUAUUAAGGAGUAUAUUCUUCCGAUGUCGCUUACCUCUCUAGUAUUUGGAAGUGACUUCAAGAAAAUAUUACCACCAGAUGAUAUCAUUGUUCCACCAUCUAUAACCACUAUUACAUUCAAAAAAAACACAUAUACAGGCGAUAAAGAAAAAAUUAAAAGAAUUCUAACUGAAAGAAAUUUAGCUAUAACUAAAGCAUUGGAAAAAAAUAAUAAAAACUCAUCAAUGAUGAAUUCUUGGAAAUCUAGAGUAAAUAAAAUACAAUGA